CUUGGCGCGAAAGUCAGAAAAACAAGGGAUGGCGAACGAAGAAGAAAGGAUGGAGAUUGACGAAGAGAGUAGCAAAGAUCCUUCUAGCUCAACGUCAGCUGAUCCUAAAAAGCAAGAAAAAGGCCGUGGCACGUAUGAAUUACCAUGGGUGGAGAAAUACCGACCACACAAACUGAAGGAUGUUGUAGGGAAUGAGGAGACCAUCAGCCGCCUAGAGGUGUUUGCUAGAGAGGGCAAUGUCCCAAACGUCAUCAUAGCUGGUCCGCCAGGUACUGGGAAAACCACAAGUAUUCUGUGUCUGGCACGUGCUCUCCUUGGUCAGUCUUUCAAAGAUGCUGUGCUGGAAUUGAACGCCUCUAACGACAGAGGGAUUGAUGUUGUGAGAAAUAAAAUCAAGAUGUUUGCUCAGAAGAAAGUCACACUUCCAAAAGGAAGACAUAAAAUCAUCAUAUUAGACGAGGCAGACAGUAUGACAGAUGGAGCCCAGCAGGCACUGAGGAGGACAAUGGAGAUCUACUCCAAAACCACACGCUUUGCCUUGGCCUGUAACGCAUCAGACAAAAUCAUUGAGCCCAUCCAGUCUCGCUGUGCCGUGCUGAGAUAUUCCAAACUAUCAGAUGCCCAACUAUUGGCCAGGCUUUUAGAGAUUUGUGAGCAGGAGAGCGUGAGUUAUACAGAUGACGGACUGGAGGCCAUCAUCUUCACAGCUCAAGGGGACAUGAGACAGGGAUUGAACAACUUACAGUCCACUUUCCAAGGUUUUGGGCAUGUGAGCAGUGAAAAUGUGUUUAAGGUAUGUGAUGAGCCUCACCCAUUGCUCAUUAAGGGGAUGUUAGAACAGUGUGUGGCAGGUAACAUUGACGAGGCGUACACUGUAAUGGCACACCUGUGGAAGUUAGGGUAUUCCCCUCAUGACAUCAUCACCAUCAUCUUCAGGGUCUGUAAGACGACAAACAUGCCAGAGUUUCUCAAGCUGGAGUUCAUAAAGGAAAUUGGAUUCACUCACAUGAAGAUUUGUGACGGAGUUGACUCCCUUUUACAGAUGUCCGGAUUGCUGGCAAGAAUGUGUAAAAAGACUUUGGAUCCCAAACUUAAAGUGUGACGAAAUCAAAAAAUGUGCACUUGUGUCACUGAUUGGAGGCCAGUUUCUUGGAACUUCAGAGGAAUAAUUUUCUGCAUGAAUAAUUGCUAUCUCUUUUAUGUCCCUGAUGAAGACGGCAGAGAGCAAAUCUACAUAUAUCCAUGAAGUUCUGCGAAAGUUUUUUUUUGGCAUGUAAUUUGAUAAAAAGAGUAAGCAGAGGCAUUUGUUUGCAAGAACACUCAUGGUGUAGAAAUUAGAGAUGGCAAAUCCCAGAAAAUUGAUCUGAAGACCUAGAAUUUUGUUUGUUGAAAUGCCUUCAUUACACAGAAUUCGCAUGUUUAACGGAGAUAAAUGUAAUAUGUGCAGUCAUAAAGAUUUCAAAAAGUGCAACCCAAAGAAAGUAAAGCAUUUUGUCAGUUCUGAAAUUCAUCAGCAUUGCCUGUAAAUAUACACCAUUUAUGUUCAUUGAACUGAGAAUAUACACAUUACAAGCAGUUUUGUGAAAUUGUGUUUUUUGCGUAGUCUGUUGAGCUGGGACAUUGAUCCAAACGUUU